AUGUCCGUAGAAAAACUAUUAGAUUAUUUAGAGCCAAAAACUUUAGGCAAAAUUCACCAUGUGGUAGUGGUUUUUUGGAUCCUGAUUGGUGUCAUCUUCCUUGCUAUAUUCGCCGACAUGGAAAACAACGAACCAAGGUUUGAUUUCCGCUGUGAUGCAGGGAAAAGUAAAAACAUCGACUUCGUCCGGGGAAAAUGUUACGAGAAAUACCAGCAGCAGUACAACAGAUUCGCUUUGCCUGUCUAUGGCUUCGUUAUCAUGAAUUUCGUCCUUAUUGUAUUUGUAUGUGUUAUCUACUCCCAAAUAGUAAGACCUACAGUCAAUCGACUGUCGCGAAGCAUUCGUAACGGCGAUCCAGAGAGACAGUCGCGCGAUCAAGAGAACGCUUUAUCAACGGGAAAGAAGCUUUUUAUCGCUUACUGCUGUCAACUAUCCACAAGACUUGUUUUAGGAGUUGUUUUCAUCAUCCUACAAACUCAGUUGUUUUAUCCUUUGAGGUUUCCCUCUAAGUUUCACUGUUAUUUAACCACCGACGGAACCACUCAGCUGGGGAAUUCAUCUAACAACGCCCAACACUCUACCUUACACGACUGUCACAAUCAACGAGCGGUAAAGAAAACCUCCUGGAUGGACGCUGUCUUGGUGGUAAAUGGAAUUUUUGUCGUCGGCAUUCUGAUUGAAAUCGUCUACAUUUUUCUAAGAGCAUGCAAAGAAAGGGAAUUUAUGCAAAACUCAAAGUUUCAAACGUCCCAUCUAAAUCCUCCCGAAGAAGCAUUACCGCUUCAGGAAUUCAUUCAGAAUACAAAGAAAAUGAUCAUGGACGACACUUAUCAACCCCCACAACUUCAGGCGCUUUUUCCAAGUCCUCCUGGCAAAGGACACCCACCUAAACAUUUGACUCUAGAUCAGAUUUACACUAACCUUGUUGUUGUACCUGACAUGGCUGAUUAUGACUUUGCUGAAGACCGACGGAAGAAUUUGCAAAUCUACGUGAACAACGAAACACCGACAGGGCCAGAGGACAUUCUUAAUCACGAAAACAAAAACAUUUUGAUCGUCGGUCGUCCCGGAAUCGGAAAGACUCUUUGUUGUACAAAAAUUCUCAGAGACUGGGCAUCUAACAAAGUAUUCCAUAAAACACCCAAAAACAAAAUCCACUUUAAAGCUGCUUUCUUCGUCAAAUUUAGAACAUUCAACGCUGCAACCGACCUUAGCCUUCGAGAGCUACUGACCCGCUCCACAUACUCACCCGAGCUGGAUGAGAAAGUCUGGAAUUACAUCCUAAAAAACCCGCAGCAAGUUCUCCUUAUUUUCGAUGGAAUUGAUGAAUUCAAAGAUAACUCAAAGAUCGGCACGGAAAAUAAGAAACCUCAAUUCAAAAACAGCGUAGACGAGAAGAUGCCCCUCUCGGCGCUUUAUGCCAAACUAACGACUGGAAAACUUCUUAAUGGAGCAGCCGUUAUAACUACUACAAGACCUACAGCUCUUUCAUGCAUCAAAAGAAUUCCUUUUGACAAAAUGUUCGAAAUCCUUGGCUUCUCAUCCGAACAAGUCGAAGAAUACGUAACCAGAUUUGCUGAAGAAGACAAGGAAGCAGGCGACACAGUAAAGCGUCACAUCACCAGCAACAUCAAUAUCUUAUCUCUUUGUUACAUUCCUGCGAGCUGCUUCAUCAUUUGCUCAAGUCUCUUUAAAAUGGUGAAGUUCCAUGCUCCUAGAGGUCUUAACCUACCAACAAGUUUAACAGGCAUAUACAAGAGAGCCGUGAAAAUUUUCUACUUGACACACAACGAAGAAUUUCGCGAUGAACCUUUCACUGACGAAGACUUUGAAUCAGAUGAAUUGCCCCCGAAGUAG